AGCACACCACAGAGAAACAGGAAGUUGUGUUUUGGUGUAUGGUUUGGAAGAGCGUUAUCAACACUGUUUAUGAGUGUCUAUCAGCGCUUCACACCUGUCUGAAAAUGGGUUACUUGACGUUAGUCUUGGCAUUUUUUGUUUUAGGAAUCGUUCAGAUAUCAACCACGAAGGGAGACACUUCUAUGACAGGACCUGAAGUAAGCGGAGAGGAUGAUUUCAUGUCAAAGUCAGCCGCGCAUUUUGUUUUGCCUGUCUCCUCAGCUUCCGAAGCGCACAAGUCCGGUUAUUUCUUCUCUCUCAGCCUGUCGUCUUCCUUUCCCGAAGAUCUGGAGGUCAGCGACUACUGUCUGACUCUUCUACGUAUCUUUGGCGAGAGAUAUGUAACUUACGUUAACUGCUCUGUGUCUUAUGCGCGUCCUGUCAAAAUGUGCGAGAAAUGUUACAUAAACUACAGCGACCUAAAGGACAUUUUCAAUAACAUCUCAUCUGGCACGGGUUCAGGGAAUGAGAGUUGCUAUAACAGUCUUGUUCGCUCAGACCGGCUGAUGCUGGUCUACAUGCUCUACAGCAGCCUAAAGGACAUCUGGUCAGUGGCCUCAUGUUCAAAUUGUCUCAUGAAGCCGAACGAGACUGCUCUGAGUAACGAUACGCUGUAUUUCCUCACUCUUCUCAACGUGUCAUUCAGCUGCUUCGAGACACACCAACAGGGGAAUCACUCAGAGCUUUGUAAAGAAUGCAAAGCACCCUACCAGCGCCUAAGUGAACUUUACAGCGGAAUGGAGAAGAAUCACACACUCUGCAUUGACCUUGAGGAUGCAAUGAACGUGACUCGGCGCCUGUGGAGUAAGAAGUACGAAUGCUCGUUCCCACUUGAGGAGAAUGUGCCGGUCAUCGCCGUGUCGGGCUUCAUGCUCUUCCUGCCCAUCAUCUUCUACUUGAGCAGCUUCCUGCACUCGGAACAAAAGAAACGCAAACUCAUACACCCUAAGAGAGCGAAGUCCAACCACAGUCUCAUGAACAUCCAAGACAAGUUCAGCUGAGCUGCAGACACAGAAGGAGGACAAGGGGGGGGAACUGGGGUUCUAAAUGAGGUCACAAUGCUACUGAUUGGUUCUGGUCACUGAUUGGUUGUUGUUGAUGGUACUGGUGAUUGGUGGAUGUUUGUUCAGGCAAUCUCAUGCUCAGGAGAGACCUUUUCAUAGUGUGUGAAGGGUGGACUGCACAGCAAGCUGGCCUCCUUUAAGAACAGUCUAAGAAGGGUUUAAGAGAGUUCGAGAGACUGGCUAGCUGUGCUGGACUGUCCCACACACAGUACUCCUCAUAAUGCCCUCUUGAGUCUUCAGUUUAAAAGACUAAGUGGACCCCUUCUAACUUUGUGUAUAAAUGCACAGGCUUUCUAUGCUUUUGAACAUUUUCGAUUGGAGUUUGGUUUGGUUCAAGAGUGAUGAAAUAUAAAAGCAACUUCAACACUCUUGCUUUCACUGCUCUGAAGGUUAGAUUAAUGCAAGAGAAAUAUUUAUUUAUGACUCCUGUCUCCUGUCCUUCAGGGAGUGACCACAGGAUAAAUACAUUGUAUGUAUUUAUCAUCUCAUCUCAACUGCUGUUUGAUGAGAUGAGAGUGGGGAAACAUAUUGUGCUACAUUUCACAAAUUCUUUACUUCUGUUUCCAUAUUUAUGAAUCAUAAUUUUUGCAUUUACUGCUGUUUGUUUUCCUGCUUUAUUAUUUUGUCUGUGUGUGUGUAUGUUUGUAGUUGUUGUUGAUGAUGAUGAGACAUGAAAUUAAAGGUUUUGAGACAUUUUUGAUAUUAUUUUGGGUCAGUAAGAGAGAAGUCAUUGGAAGUAUACUCUUCAAAGCCCUGUUGCUUCAGUCAGGUUUGAAGUAUAUAUGAUCCAUUUGAUCUGUGUGUCUUUUUUUUUUUUUUUUGUCCCGAUGUUUGUUUCCGGUCCAGUGUAUAAAAGAACAGAGUUAAGAUCACCUAUUCCAUCUCCACACUCUCUCAUGUCCAUUAGUGGGUCCCAUUAAUAGCAACCCCCUCUGAGGAGGUCAAAGAUGGUUUAUGGAGAGAGGGAUAGAGUAGAGAGAGAGAGAGAGAGAGUGGGGGGGGGGGGUGAAAUACAGAGGAACAGAGCGGGAGAAAGACUAGAGAAAUGGAAUGAGUGUGGAUAUGGAGAGGUUAUGGAGGUAGGGAAGGAUGAGAGCGAGAGAGAGAGAGCGCUGAUUCGACAUCCACACCACUUUUCUUCAUACUACCUCUUAACCCUGCUGUUCGAUUUUGUGUGUGUGUGUGGGGGGGGGGGGGGGGGGGUCUGACUGUGAGCUGAUGUUUUUCAAUUUGAUCCGCAUUUUCUCCUUGCCUCAACAUUCACCAGCAGGAAUAGCAAGGUGUGCUGUGACCAUGUUUACAACAAACAAUCUUUUUUUUUUUUUAAGUUUAAUUAUGAUUUCGCCUUAUAUGCUGUUUACUUAUUUCUUUAUUGCACUUUUUUUUAAAAAAUAUGGAAGUUCCUAGUGUAAAGCAAAACAACAUCCCAGAUUUAAACACAAAAAAUAUAAUGUAGCCAAAUAGACACCGUAUCUUUAUGUGCUAAUGCACAACAAGACUACCGAGAAAGCACUUUACACUUACUGAAUGAUUACCGGUGUAAAUAAAUUGCCAAUGUUUGUAAAUAAAUAAAACUAAUAAAGUGUGCUAUUGCAAUA